AUGGGCAUGCUGGCCGCCGUCCGCCAGCUGGGCUGGUCGCUGUGGUCUGCGCAGAAGAUUGUGCCUGGGCUUCGACAGAUGUGUGAGCACUACGACGCGGAACUGUUCCUGGUUGUGCCCAGUCUCGUAUGCCUCUCCGUGUUCUCGGACCCCAGAGGUCCGCUCGAGACGUUCGCAACGGCCUUCCUGCCUCACCACCUCGCCGCGCCCCCGCCAGGCGAUGGGGCCCGCCAGCUGCCAAGCAAGGUCGGGGCAGUCGUAGCUGACCUCCAGCGCACGCUGGCCACAGUGGUGUCUUGCCUGAUGGUGGGCGAGACCGCCAGCGGGGAGGAGCGCUCCGUGGACUUCCAAGCGGCGGCCUGGGAGGUGCUGGUGCGCAGGUCGGUGGCGGGGGCCUGCCGGCGGUUGGGCGCCGAGGACCCGUACGCCGAUCUGGAGCAGCCUUGGCGUGCGGCUGCCGAGGCCAGCGUGGAGGGCUUCAUGAACCGGCUAGAGGGCUGGAGCAUGCAGCUGCAGCGACACCGCCCGGACGCCUGGAACGAGCUCUCCGGACUGCUCGUGCAGUGCAUCCAGUGGCACCCACACACGGCUUGUCGCGCGCCACCGAAGUUCGCAAUUUGA